UCCUUCACUGCGUAACUUGUGUGUUUACCUUGCCACUUCCGAUCAACAUGUCAACGAAAGAUUCUAAGACAAAAAAGGGGAAAGAUGGGGAGAAAAGAAGCGCAAAGAAGAGCGAAGACUGUCUAUCUGAGCCAGAAAACAAAGCUGAAUCCACCAUAAAUGGAACUGAAUCAACACCUUUUGAAGAACAGCUCCAGGAACCUCCUCCAAAAGAGCCUACCCCCGAACCUGUUUAUGACGAACCAGUCUUGUCGGAACUGAUUAUUGAAAGUUUUGAUGGAGAGAAGGUAAAGGGAAUGUACCAUGGAGAAGCAGUAGCUUAUUACACUGGUGGACAUGUUUAUAAGGGUCAGUUUGUUGAAGGAUGUAUGCAUGGAAAAGGUACUUAUACUUGGAGUGAUGGACUUGAAUAUGAUGGAGAAUUCACACACAACCAAGUUACUGGUAAAGGUCUAUAUAGAUGGAAAGAUGGAAGUACAUAUGAAGGAGAUGUGUUAAAUGGUAAAAGACAUGGAACUGGAACAUUCAGGGCUAAAAAUAACAAGAUGUCCUAUACUGGUGAAUGGUGUCUUGGUCAAAGGCAUGGAAAGGGUAAAAUGGAUUAUGAUUCUGAAGGCAAAUCUUUUUACGAUGGUGAUUGGGUGAACAAUGUAAAACAUGGCUGGGGAGCACGGCAGUAUGCAUCUGGGAAUGCUUAUCAAGGAAUGUGGUUCAAUAAUUGCCGCCAUGGAGAAGGUACCAUGAAAUGGAUAGAUAAGGAUCAAAUUUACACAGGAAACUGGGAGAAUGGUAUUCAGCAUGGAAUGGGACAGCAUAUCUGGAUGUUAAGGAGAAAGCUAGGAUCUCAGUAUCCAUUACGUAACAUGUAUGAUGGAGAGUUUGUCAACGGUCUCAGACAUGGGUUUGGUAUCUUUUUCUAUGCUAAUGGAGCUAAGUUUGAAGGAGGCUGGAAAAACAACAUGAAGCAUGGAAAGGGAAAAUUCACGUUUAAGAAUGGUAGAAUAUAUGAAGGAAUGUUUGAGAGAGAUCAUAUCGUAGAAUAUCCUGACUUUACUAUGGAUGGUACCACAACACCUGAUAUAUCAAUGAUUAGAACAAGAACACCACUUCCUAAUGAUAACGUGUCAGUACAUAGUAAUGAGAGUAGAAAUACAGCUACUCCUAGUUUCCAGUUAGAUAUAGAACAUUUAUUGAGUGAGUUUACUGAAACAGACAGAGAGGAAGAAGGGAACCAGGUGUUAUUUGUGAUAAUGAGACACAUCACUCACCUGAGGAAGAUUUACAAUUAUUAUAGCUGUCUAGGCCAUGAUGACAACUCUGAUAAUACAUACAUCAUGAAUAAGAUGCAGUUUUGGAGACUGUUGAAGGACUGUAAACUACAUCACUUAGAGAAGACACUAAUGGAUAUGGAUAGAUGGCUGGCAAACGACAAAGCUAUUUACACAAUACAUAAUCCUUAUGAGAGAAUACUUCAGAGACAGUUCUUCAAUGAUCUGAUUGUGAUAGCAUUUCAUUUGUACCAAGAAGAACAUGAAGGAACAACUCCAAUUUUAGCUUGGUGCAUGUCCAAAUUGAUAUCAGAUAUGAUGCUUAGAAAUGCUUGUAAUGUUCAAGGUCAGUUUUAUUAUGAGACCAGAAGAGCUACAAAUGCCUUGGUACAUAUGGACCAAGCUUAUGAAGUUUAUCAGUCUAUAUCUGAACCAAGAAAGUAUGCUCCCAAGGAACCAGUUUUAAAGAUGAGACAGUUCUUGUACAUGUUAAAGGAAUUUAAGUUGAUAAACAAUGAUUUGACACCUAAAGCCAUUAUACAAGUAUUAACAUCAGAUGAUCCCAAUGUUAGUGAUGAAGAAGGCUGUUGUAAUCUAGAACUUGAGAUGACCUUUUUAGAGUUUUUUGAAGCUUUGAUUGGUUGUGCUGUAGUAUUUAGUACUGAAGCUGUUGUAAAGGAUCCUACAACACCAAGACCUAGUACAGCGAUAACACCAGACCAGAGUAUGUACUCUAUACCCCAGUCUCCAUCAAGAAUGACCAGUCAGGUUGGUUUAGAUGGGGGUGAGUCACAAGCCCCAGGGACACCCCACCAGGGGACAGGAUCUCCAGAAUCAGUGUCACCAACCAGAGCUGUAUCUUCUGUCGAUGGAACAACAAAAACACUUGAUCCUAAACCAGAUGGGGUACAACAGUCGUUGUCUAAUGUCACAGGUGUGUCAGAAAAUGGAGGAGGGGCUACCAGUAGACAGUCAGUCAAAGGUGAACCUUCAAUGGAUCCACAGAAGAAUGGUUCAUUUAUGAGUACCAACAACACAGAGGAUGGACUAGUUCUGAUGCAGAGCAGCGUCUCUAUGGGUGCACAUACUAUUGGGGGUCAGACUGAGGCUGAUGAAGAAGGCGAUUUAAAAACAGGAAUAGUUGACAUUAUAGAACCACCAGAAGAGGAGGAGGAUGAAUUAGAUGAGGCUACAAGACAAUUCAAUUUCUGGACACAUCAGAUACACAUCUUUUUUGUCAGAAAAUUCUUCCCUGCUGCUGAAAAGUUUAAUCUUCUGAAACAGAUGUCAGAAACUAGGAGAAUAAAUGAAGCUAGGGAAAGGAUUAAAGCUGAACAGUUAGAAGCUGAAGCUUAACUUUCUCAUCAAAUCUGCUUUGUCUGUGAUAUUUUUUUUUAUUGCGAAAAUUUAUUAAGAUGAGAGUGAACUGACAAUUUUCCAAGAAAAUUGAUAUAUUGAUAAAUAUGGUGUAAA